AUGUUUCGUCGAUUUCAAUCGAAUUUUGGUCUAGCUUGUCGGUUGAAAAUUACUUCAAACGUAUGUUUUUCUGUGGCUUUAGCUGAAUAUAUUGAUCAUCUGGCGUCUUUUAAUCAAAUGCACAAUGAAGCUAUGGUGAUUGUGAUACUGAAUGUAGUGGCUGUAAUGUGUGAAAACAGCAAAAUUUAUCGUGCAAACAAGUUUCCAUUACCGAUGAAUUUAUAUAAUUUGGUGGUAGCUAGAUCUUCAUAUGGAAAAUCUCCAAUACUUGACUUAGUGAGAAAAUCCAUUGAUGAGGUAGUUCGUUACCGACCAUCAAAAUUUAAAUCAGCUUCGAAAGAUGGAGAAGAAUUUGACCAGGUUGUGUAUUUUGAUGAAAACACUGCAGCUGGGUUAUUAAGUAGUCUUAAUGGCUGUACACGUUUUCUUAUCACUGACGAAGCUGAUGUUGUACUGAAGAAAAUGGGUUAUACCUUGCCACCACCUGGGUCUCGUGAUUGGUCAACGAAUGACUGCAGAAGUCAAUUAUUAACUUAUAUGAUAGACCGCAUAAUUUUACGAGACGAUUAA